UUUGAGAUGAUUGAAAAAAUGCAGGGCAGUCGUCUGGAUGAACAAAGAUGUUCCCUUCCAGCUCCUCUCAAGACAGAAGAGGAGUAUAUUCCUUACCCCAGCAUCCAUGAGGUAUUACAGAAAGGGUGGCCAUAUCCUCUCAUUAUCUUACCCCAGUUUGGGGGCUACUGGAUUGAAGGGACCAGCCACAACCUCUCCAGCUUGAGUCCAACUGAGUCUGAUGUACCCUUUCCCUGGAGUGGAAAAGUGAAACUGGAGAGUGACCCUACGGCAAAGCUGUACCGCAAACAUUUUCUGGGGAAGGAGCACCAGAACUUUUACUCCAGUGACAUGUCCUUGGGCUACCUGGUACUUUCUGUGAAGUAUGAACAGAUUGAGAAACAGGAAAACCUACGGCUGUUGCUGAGGACUCGAACUGGCACCAAACAUGACCUGAUCCCCAUUUCCUGUCUGAAUGAGUUUCCCAAUGCUGUCCAGAUGGCAAAGCUACUGUGUGAGGAUGUGAAUGUCGAACGCUUCUUUCCUGUCCUCUACCCCAAGGCAUCGCAGCUUAUUGUUGCAUUUGAUGAACACGUCAUAAGCAAUAACUUCAAAUUUGGGGUCAUUUACCAGAAACCUGGACAGACAACUGAAGAAGAAGUCUUCAGUAACACAGAGGAGAGUCUGGGUUUCCUGGAGUUCCUGGAUUUCCUUGGUGACAGGAUUCAGCUGCAGGAUUUCCGUGGGUUCCGGGGAGGCUUGGAUGUCACUAGAGGUCAAACGGGCACCGAGUCGGUCUAUACAAAUUUCCGGGGCAAGGAGAUCAUGUUUCAUGUGUCUACAAAGCUGCCCUUCACAGAGGGAGAUUCCCAGCAGCUUCAGCGGAAGCGCCACAUUGGGAACGACAUUGUAGCCAUCAUCUUCCAGGAUGAAAGCACACCUUUUGUCCCUGAUAUGAUUGCUUCUAAUUUCCUACACGCUUAUGUGGUAGUUCAGCUCACUCAUGACACCGCUGGGGACACUCUCUACAAGGUUUCAGUCACAGCCCGAGAUGAUGUCCCCUUCUUUGGACCCCCGCUGCCAAAUCCAGCCAUAUUUAGAAAGAGUGCAGAGUUUCGUGAAUUCCUCCUGGUCAAGCUCAUCAAUGCUGAGUACAGCUGCUAUCGAGCUGAGAAAUUUGCUAAAUUGGAGGAAAGAACCCGGAGUGCCCUCUUGGAGAGCCUUUUUGAGGAGCUGCAGCUUCGGAGCCGCAGUAUGAUGGGAUUGCCCAUAGGGGAGGAUGACAAGAUAGAGAAUGGCAGUGGGGGCUUCCUCGAGAAUUUCAAGCGGGUGAUCAGAGGCCGCAGCCAGAGCCUGGAUACCAUGGGGAUAUCCAUGAGAAAGCAGCAGCCGGCCACCCUGCCCAGCCGCCCAACUACAGCUGGCCUUGCCCUCAGCCAGAGUGUCGCCGAGGGCCCUAAGGCCAUUGCUGCGUCUUUUGCCUUGCCUGGUAGGAGCCCAUCACGUACUCGAGCCAGCCGCUUCCAUGGGCGACGGAGUAGUGCCAUUGGCAUUGAGAAUAUACAGGAGGAAAAGAGCAGAGACCCUGUGGAGAGGAUACAGAAAGUGCUGGACAGUCCAGGAACCUUCUUUGACCUGAAGUCUGAUGGAUCAUCCAGUCCCAGCUCCCCAGAGUUCCCUACCAGGAAGAGCAAAAUGCUCAGGAGUCAGACUUCAGGAUACUGUGUGAUGCAGCCAUUCUCACGUUCUUCAUCCAGUGUAAGCAGUUGUUGUAGUGGUUUGAGGGAAAAUGAAACUUCCGAGGAAGAGGAGAAUGACAGGGAGCUGAUGUGCUCUCUUGAGGGCCCUCCAAAACAGGAUUCAGUGGUUCAGAGUAUAUGGCUGGAUGACAGUGACUGCACACCCAGUACUUCUAGCUCACCAGGAAGCAGGUUGCUUCCUUCCAGCAGUGUUGCUGGCUCCACUGGAAAAGGAAAAGGCAGCAAAGCAGAUGCUCAGCACCAUAAUCCAGCCUCCAUUUUGUGCUGCGUCUGA